AUGUCAAUGCUGAGACAUGACAUAUUCGAAAUAAUACUAAUGGUAAUUGUGGUAAUAUUGGCUCGACCACUGCCCUGCAGUUCUACCAACUUUAACAAGUAUGGGAUUCCCCUUAAACCUCUUCCCCGCGGCGAGCGACUGCUGGAAUCCGUAGCUUCUAAUAUGGAAAACGAUCCCAGCGCUUUGUUCGAUCAGUUGGAUAGGGAAACGCCAGCAAAGAACCUUCCCAAGUGGCACAAUUUCAUGGACAUGGUCAAGAUUAACAAUGCUCAGAAAUUGGCAAAAGCCAAGGAGAAGGAAUCUCCAGAUAAAGCUGACGAUGUGGAGAACGAACUGGAAUUUCUUCUACCAUUACCACUUACAGCUGCCAACAAUGAUGCCCGCCAACAGGAACAACGUCAGCGUCACUUUGAACGUCUUCAGAACGAAGCUGCGGAUCGGGAGUUUGAUGAAGUGAUGAGGAAACUCAAAUUGAAAAUGCAGCUGGAACGCGAUAAUGUUUUAACAAUGAAAAGCGUUGCUAAAAAAGAUCAAUUUAAGAAUAAACUCUUAGGCAAGCCCUUUAACUUCUGCAAAAAGAAGACGAAGACAAAGCCAACAACGACCACAGUAUUUCCCAGCACAGUGGGUCCUAGCACAGUGUUCCCCAGCACAGUGGCACCUUCAACAGUCCCCAAUCCAGACAAAAGUAAACCAAUUGGGGAACUUACACCCGAAGAUGUAGAUCGUUUGCUGAGAACUUUAAUGUCAAUGAAAAAGCAUGCGCUGUUGAUCCUCAAGAACCUGAACUUGCUGGAAAUAGAACUUAUGAGCAGAUGGCCAGAUAGUUGUGCGGCAUCGGAUGUAGCACAGACUACGUCAUCGGAUAAACCGGAAUACACCCACAGUACAGAGACAACUAAGGAAUAUGCAAGCAAAACGCAUGAGAGAUUAGAUAAGCCCACAACUACAACGCCUUUCAUGUUCAAUCGCAGUUUCUACUUUGGACUCCGAGGAGCUGGCGAAGGAGAAACAGACUUGAAUAUGGAUGCAGCGUUGAGAGAGCAACGAAAGCUGGAGCAGAAGAUCCGAGAGGAAUAUCAAAUGCAGCACGACAUGAUGCGAUCGGAGAAUCAACGGCGUCUGCUCCAAAGGCUGAAAAGUAACAGAAAACGGGCACGUUAUGAAGCGGCUCCAGCGGCUGCAGCGCGUCUGGAGAUAAUGACAACGCCGUCCUCUAAUAUUAUGGUUAAUACAAAGGUUAAUCAACAGAUUCCCCAUGUCAAACAAUCGUCAGCUGCUAUAAAAAGUCUUACAAAUAAGAUCAGAGCAUAUGCCAACCGCAAUCACAUAGACCUGGCCAGCCAGCCACUACACAGCUGGGAAAUUAUGAGGAAAUAUACGAGAAAAAGAAAGACGAAGCUGUUAGCUCCCGCUAUACUAGAAGGUGUUCCUGGAUCAGCAAACAAGAAGAUUGCCUCAGCAACAUGUGUAAGACCACAAAGACGGCAUAGUAGAAUACGAGAGCGAUUGCCUCUAAAUAACCCUCUGCUUACACCAAGCUGAUUUUAUAUGCACUCUUAAUUAUUAUAUUUUUUAUAAGAAAUUA